AAUAAUUUAUUUUUUGAAAUUUUUUAGUUUUGAAAUUAAAAUUUUCUUAAUUUUGAAAAUGUGUUAAAUUAUGUUAUUAUAAAAAAAAAAUAAUUCCAAACUGAACCGAGUCGCGUAAUGUCGCUGCUAGAGUGAAACGUGAAAAUGGUCGCUGAAAAAAACGUAAAAGUAAACUUAUAAUUGUUUGGUAAGCAAGUUAAGCACUAUAUCUAAAUAAAAAAUUUUCAAAUAGCAUGGAAAAAAAACUAGCAGAAUAUCGAGCCAAGAAAAUUAAAGAAAAAUCGGAUGUUUUGGAACAAUUUGUGACAAAAGAAUUUUUAGAAACUUCAACUACAAAAGACCUAAAUGAAAAAAUAGACGACGAAAGUGAUAAUGAUAGUGUUAGCGAAUUUGCUGUAGCUCAAUCGAGUCUAAUAAAAGUUAUUUUUUUUAAAUUAUACAAUGUGAAAUCAAUACUCAAUUUUGCUAUAUGGUUUUGUUUACUAAUAUUUUUCAUUAAAUUAGAAUUUGCUGCAGUUUAUUUAGCAGUGUCAGGCCUCGUUGUCAUGUACUACAGUAUGGAUAAACGAAAAAAGACAAAAAAAGAACCUAGUGCAUAUUCAGUAUUUAAUAAAAACUGUGAGAGAAUUGAUGGUACUUUUACAGCAGAACAGUUUGAAAAGCAAAUGAUAUAUGGAGGGGCAGUUCGGUAAUAGACAAAACAUUCAUAAUUUAUUUAUUAAAAUUACUAAAUUUUAAAAAGGUGGUGUCAAAUUCCAAAUUAUUUCAA